AUGGCCCUAGUUUCAAUCAACGCCCCGGGGCUCAGCUCUGGCCUUCUAUACAACAAUGGCGACAACAACGCGCGAGUCUGCAUUACCUCUGAGACGAACGAAUUCGAUACGGAGACGAUCCAAGACUGGCAGGAUGAAGGAUUUGACGUGGUUUACCUUCCAUUCAACGGCGGUGGGAAGGACUAUGCGAGUCGACUCAUGGGAGUCAAAGAAGGAUGUGGCGUAGGAGAGAACUACGCUGUAAUUGCAUACGGCGAGGCGGCAAACUACUGUUUGGACUACUAUAUGAAGCCUAUGAACUCUAGUCGACUUUGCGCCCUCGUCGCGUACUACCCAAGCAACAUCCCCGAUACUCGCUUGCGGUUCCCACAAUCGCUGAAGGUUCUGGUGCAUCUGGCAGGAAAGUCUGUGGAUGUCACCACUCAGCCCCAGGUGGCUGGGCUGCAAGGCAAGAGACGUCGCAAGACCAAGCCAAUUAACCCCGGCAAUGGCACUGGCGAACGCAUGAAUUUGGCAUAUCCAGCGUUCACGUAUGAGUAUGCGGAGCCUGGGUUCGCGGAGCAUGACAUGGAGGAGUACGAUCAUUUGGCGGCGGAUAUCGCUUGGACGAGGACUGUGCAGACACUGCGUAAAGGCUUCCGCAGAGAUGUGGACUUGGAGCGACGCUGGGAGGAACAUCAAGAAGGCAAAUACUUCAGCACGAACCUAUCCAAAACCAUGGAGGGGUAUACCAAGGACAAGACACCAAGCGUCACGUACGGUCCAACGGUCAGCGGUGGCAUUGGCGCGCAGGCCCUCCGGCGUUUCUACCAGAACCACUUCCUAGGCCGUCUCCCACCGUCGAUGCGCAUCCGCCUUAUUUCACGAACAGCGGGACCAGAUCGAGUCGUGGAUGAGCUGUACGUGUCCUUCGAACACAGCCAGGAAGUUCCCUGGAUGCUUCCCGGCGUCCCGCCAACGGGCAAACGCGUGGAGAUCGUGCUCGUCAGCAUUGUGAGUAUGCGCGGCGGCCGACUAUACUCCGAGCACACAUACUGGGACCAAGCAAGCGUCCUGGUCCAAGUCGGUCUUCUCGAUCCAAAGCUUGUCCCUGGCUCGGUGCAGGGUGUUGAUCGGUUGCCCGUUGUUGGUCGGGAGACUGCGCGUCGAAUCCUGUAUGAAGAUCCGGAAGUCGAGCAGGAAGAUUACCACAACCGGCUUAUUCGUCGUGCGAAUGCUCGGGCCCGUAGGAAUAACAGCUCAAAGGCUUCUCAGGCGGAUGAGUCUGCAGCUGAGAUUACGCUGCCUGGGAAGAAGGACGGGAAGGGAAAGACUGUUCUGGAGAACAGACCUGCGCUGAGUAGGACUGUGACGGAGAAAUCGGAACAGGGCAAGCCAGAAGAGGAGGAAGAUGAUGGAAAUGCGACUCAGACUGAGACUACCAAGCCGAACCCGGAGAAUGGGCGUCACUCGGUGACUGUUGAAGAUGGGGAUGAGAAUGGGGAUGAGUAG